AUACGUCACUUCCGUCAGUCAAAAGCGGGAGCAAGGUUGAAAUCUCUGUGAAUUGCAAAAUGCCGAAGUCCAAAGAAUUCUUGUCAACAUCUGAUGAUUCAGAGUCCGACAGUGAAGCUCCCAAGCCAAAAAAGAAAAAGGUAGAAUCUUCUCCAGCUAAGGCUGUGCAGCCAAAGAAAUCCACCAAAGAAGAAAAAUCUUCAGAAGUCUCCAGUAGAGUGGAAAGAGGACCUAAUGGGGAGUACAUGUUUCAGAUUUCACAGAAUCGCUAUGCAACGGUGAGUGAGUUUCGCGGGAAAGCUUUGGUUGGAAUUCGUGAAUAUUAUAUGAAUGAUGGCAAACAACUUCCCACCAAAAAAGGUAUCAGCUUAAAUCCUCAGCAGUGGCAUGCCCUGAAGGAGCACAUUGAUGACAUUGAUAAAGCUUUGCACGAAAUCAGCAGGUGAAGACUUCAUCUUCAGGGAUCCGAAUCAUCUCUUGGCACAGAGGAGCAGAAUGCUUUCAGUGCUAAAGACUUUUCAGUCUAAUAAGAUAUUUUUGAAGAAAAGUAUGUACUUGGAUACUUCUGUCGAAUGACUGUGUAGGUUUCACAUACAUCAGACGUAUCCACAAAAAAAAGGGGGAGGGGGAAUUUAAGUUAAAGAUUACAUAUGCAGAAGCUAAGAAUUUUACGUUUGGCCCCUUUUCAGAGUUUGAUGAUGUUGCAUAAAUUCCCUGAAUGAUGAUGGUAGGACAGGUGCAUUUUCACAUGCAGUCUUUAUUUUGAGCUUGAAUGGUGGAGCAGUGUCCUCCACACUUUCCUUUUAUGGAUGGUACAGUGAUCUCAAGCUUGAUGCUUUUUUUUUUUUUGCAAAAUAUACUUUGUGAGCACAUACUCAUGUGAGCACUUUAAUCAAUAGCAUGCUGAUAGUGUUAUUUCAUGUUUUGUACCAUCACAAAAAUCCAUGGCCACGUGUUUCAUGUGACUUCUUAUCUUAAAUUUGUGUGGAUCUUAAAUUCUAUGUGUUUUGUGAGAAAAUAAGUUACAAAUUGAGAGGAUCCUCCGAGUACAAGUGCCAGCACAUUGGUGUAAGUUACUGAGGUUUGUAAAUGUAUUUUCCAGCUAUAGAUGUUUGUUACUUGUAAUUUUUUUUUAUCAUGGAUUGUGAGACUGGAAAUUUGUGGAUAUAUUUCAGAUCAUUCAUCUUAUAUAAAAUUCUCAGAAAUAUUUUUAAGGCAGUACUCAUUGAUAAAUAUUUGUGAUUUUCCAGAGAUUUCUGGGCAGAAAAUAAUAAUAAAAAAAAUUGUCUUUUUUUCCAGGUACCUUUAAUCUUAAACUUUCAAUAAGAUGUUUAAAAUAACUUUUAGUACUAAAAAAAUAUUCCAGUAAAAAAUGUUAGUGUAUUCAUAUUUGUUCAUUUUUGCAAGGUACCAUUUAGGUGGCAGAAGUAGUACUUGUCACCUUAUCUGGUUUCUUAUUUGUGCAACAUAAUGUUUAACUGUUCUUAUUCCAUGUUUCUUCAAAGCUUUGGUUUUUUGCAUUUUUUAAAAGACAGUUAAUCUCUAUGACCACUAUUACUCUUUAUGGAACUGAGUGAACAAAAAUCAGUAAAUGAGAAAAAAAAAGACUAAAAAGAAAUAGUAAAACAAUGAUUACUGGCUGAAUUGGUUCAUAUUGGUCUGAGUGUGGAUUAUUUUUACAUUACUGGACAAUUAUUAAGAAACGUGAAAUGUACAAAAAAUUAAUCCUUUAAAGUAAUAAAUGCAUAUGUAAUAUUCAUUACCUUUUUUGUGAAAGGGGAGGUUGGGGAGUUUCACAGGUAAAAGCUAAUCCAAGUGCAAAAUUAUUUUUAAACAAGAUACUGACUGAUAAGAUCAGAAUCAAUUUUCUGUUCAUAAUAUGCAAGCCUUAGAAUUUCCAUCUGUGUUUCAAAAAGAAGCGAAGACCCCAUUUCUCACAAAGUGACCAAAAUGAGCUUGUUUUUAUGGUAACAACUCAGGAAUUGUCAUUAAUAUAGUCAAAAACUGUCUAAAUGGUCAUGUAUUUUCAGUGAGUAAAAGAUUGCUUGAGAGAGAUUAUUAACCUAUGGGAAUUAAUGCAAUUCUACUAGAACAUACAUGUCCAUAAUUCAAUCUUUUCUUCAACUUUUGAAUGUGGUGAAUUCACUUUGCUUUUUUUGUUGUUCAUUUAUACUUUGUGAACCCUCUCUAAAGGGAAAAUGGGUUAUGAUAUUUUUAGAAUAGCAGAGAAAGUGUCCAUUUAAACUUGAUGUGCUGCUUGCUUGGUGAGUAAAGGUUUCUGGUCAUAAUGA